AUGGCAAACACAGCAGCGGCGCUAAAGCGGACCAUCACCCCUGCGCUCCUCGAUGAUAUCCGGAGCUUCUGGUUCGCGCAUUUCAGCAACGAGGAUGCGUUGAUCCUUCCGGGACAAACUGAAAUGAUGAAGUGGUUUACAAGAGACUCUGAAUUUGACGAAGCUUGCAUUUCCCAAUUUCAACCAGCCUUGGAGGCCAUUCUUGCUUCCAAUGCAUCCGCAUCAGAUAUUCUAGAUGCAGUUGACCAUAGUUCACCUUUGGUAUGGCUUAGCCUGGUCAUCCUAUUAGACCAGGUACCCCGAAACUGCUACCGGGGCGACGCAUCGAAGAUCGUCUUCAACCGCUUUGACCCGCUCGCGCAAGGGAUCGCUCUACGCGCCAUUGAAUCCAGUGUCCCCACGCAGUCAUCAUACAUGCGUUAUCGACUUGCGUAUCGAUUCUGGUUCCAUCUGCCUCUGAUGCACUCGGAAACUCUUGCUAUUCACGAGCAGGCUAUGAAAGUUCACGAGGACACUGCCAAGGACGUUGAAGAACUCUUCCAGAAGGAUGUUGCAACCCUCAGUGAAGACGAACAAAAAUGCUACUCUAUCCUCUUUGCAAAGAAGGAUGCCGUGCGAGCAUAUGUGAAUAACAUGUUGGAUUUUGAGAGGAGACACAAGGUUAUCAUUGAGCGGUUUGGUCGCUAUCCACAUCGCAACCAAGCGGUUGAAAGAGAGUCGACCAAGGAAGAGAUUGAAUAUUUGAAGAAUGGCGGAGAGACAUUCACCUAA